UUGACUUUGUGUUUCAGGUGAGUUCUAGAGACAACGUUCCAUUCAACAACAUCACCAACUAUCUCAAGUCAAUCAAGGACCCAGACACCUCGGUGACCAUCCCGAGUUUCCCCAUCAACUCCAUCCUGCCCAGCAGACGUAGCGACCUGUACCGGUACCACGGCAGUCUGACCACACCAGGGUGCCACGAGACGGUCAUCUGGUCCGUCUUCAAGGACACGAUCAAGGUGUCUUCAAGACAGUUGGCGUUGUUUCGAACCCUGGUCUCCCACGAGACAGACAGUAACGGCAACCCGCUGCCCAUGGUGGACAACAACCGACCAAUCCAGGACAAGUUCAGUCGGGAGGUCCACAGGAACUUCUAACAAUGAUCCAUUGGACUCUGUUGGACAUCUUCAUGAAAUCCACAGUGUUGGCUACAGUCUUUUUAAAUCACUAGCUGAUCAAUUCACUGAUCUUGUUAUUGCCCUGAUACAGAACGUCUAAUCAUUUCUUUAUCAAGCUUAUCAUUGAUUGACUUGGCACAUGCUUUUAUUCAUGUACUCUACUACACCUGCUAAAAUUGGACUUAAUUGUUUAGUUUGUGGAGAAAAACCCCUGAUUGAGUUGAAUAAUUCCUUGCUCUUGUUGAAUCUGCAUGUAGAUCUAGACUGAUUUUGUUUAAUUUUUUCAAUUCACAAAUUAAAUUUUUUAAAAAUCCUUGAUGAAACAACUUAUAGAUCCUGUUGAUUAGAUGUUCAUGUGUUAUUUAAUUACUCUAAUUAGCUGUUCAUUCAUUGUUUAAUUACUCCAUGUGAUUAGUAUAUAUUAUCGUACUCUGUGUGU